UAGGGCACGACUCGGUCUUAAACCCCACCCACAUCUCAUUCUCUGCUCAGCGCGCGACGACUUCAAAACCUAAAUCCACAUUUCCGUUCAAUCCACUAUGGAUCCGCAGCCCGAACCCGUAAACUACAUCUGCGGAGAUUGUGGGCAGGAGAACACGCUGAAGCCAGGGGAUGUGAUUCAGUGCCGUGAAUGUGGUUAUCGCAUUCUCUACAAGAAACGCACCCGCAGAAUUGUCCAGUAUGAAGCGCGCUAGAGAAACUUCGGAGGUCUAUAGAGUAAAAUCAAUGGGUUAAUUUCCCCUUACUGUUGUCUGCACGAUGUUUUAUGAUAUGUUGUUGAGAAUUGUUAAUCUGUGUGAAUUGUGAUAUAUCUUAUGGUGAUUUACA